AUGCGUUUGACAGAUAGUGAUGGUGAUAGUAAUGAUGGUGAUGGUGAUGAUGGUGAUGGUGAUGAUGGUGAUGGUGAUGGUGAUGAUGGUGAUGGUGAUGGUGAUGAUGGCGAUGGUGAUGAUGGUGAUGGUGAUGAUGGUGCUGGUGAUGGUGAUGAUGGUGAUGGUGAUGAUGGUGAUGGUGAUGAUGAUGAUGGUGAUGACGGUGAUGGUGAUGGUGACGAUGGUGAUGGUGAUGGUGAUGAUGGUGAUGGUGAUGGUGCUGGUGAUGGUGAUGAUGGUGAUGGUGAUGAUGGUGAUGGUGAUGAUGGUGAUGGUGAUGGUGAUGGUGAUGAUGGUGAUGAUGGUGAUGUUGAUGGUGAUGAUGGUGAUGGUGAUGAUGGUGAUGGUGAUGAUGGUGAUGGUGAUGGUGAUGAUGGUGAUGGUGAUGAUGGUGAUGAUAGUGAUGGUGAUGAUGGUGAUGAUGGUGAUGGUGAUGGUGAUGAUGGUGAUGGUGAUGGUGAUGAUGGUGAUGGUGAUGACGGUGAUUAUGGUGAUAGUGAUGGUGAUGGUGGUGAUGGUGAUGGUGAUGAUGGUGAUGGUGAUGAUGGUGAUGGUGAUGGUGAUGAUGGUGAUGGUGAUGACGGUGAUGGUGAUGAUGAUACCGAUGGUGAUAGUGAUGGUGAUGGUGAUGAGGAUGGUGACGGUGAUGGUGAUGGUGAUGAUGGUGAUGGUGAUGAUGGUGAUGGUGAUGAUGGGGAUGGUGAUGGUGAUGAUGGUGAUGAUGGUGAUGGUGAUGAUGGUGAUGAUGGUGAUGGUGAUGGUGAUGAUGGUGAUGGUGAUGAUGGUGAUGGUAAUGAUGGUGAUGGUGACGAUGGUGCUGGUGAUGAUGAUGAUGGUGAUGGUGAUGAUGGUGAUAGUGAUGAUGGUGAUGGUGAUGAGGGUGAUGGUGAUGAUGGUGAUGGUGAUCAUGGUGAUGGUGGUGAUGGUGAUGGUGAUGAUGGUGAUGGUGAUGGGGAUGAUGAUGAUGGUGAUGGGGAUGAUGGUGAUGGUGAUGGUGAUGAUGGUGAUGGUGAUGGUGAUGAUGGUGAUGGUGGUGAUGGUGCUGGUGAUGGUGAUGGUGUUGAUAAUGAUGGUGAUGGUGCUGGUGAUGAUGGUGAUGGUGAUGGUGCUGGUGCUGGUGAUGAUGGUGAUAGUGCUGGUGCUGAUGAUGAUGGUGAUGGUGAUGGUGCUGGUGAUGGUGAUGGUGAUGGUGGUGAUGGUGAUGGUGCUGGUGCUGGUGAUGAUGGUGAUGGAGAUGGUGGGGGUUUGGGCCUCCUCUCGGCGCAGGUGGGGGGCAGUGUGCGGGCAGCGAAGCUAGCAGUGGAGAGGAGAGCAGCGAAGAACGUGGGAGGGGGGCUGCAUCACUGCAGCCCCCAGACGGGCAUGGGCUUUUGUGCCCUCGCUGACAUCUCCCCCAUCAUCACCUUUGCUCACGUGUUCCUGGGAGUCAAAAGGUGCGUUCCUGGGAGUCAGAAGGUGCGUUCCUUGGAGUCAAAAGGUGCGUUCCUGGGAGUCAAAAGUCAGAAGGUGCGUUCCUGGGAGUCAAAUGGUGUGUUCCUGGGAGUUAAAAGGUAA